AAACUACAUUUCCCAGAGUGCCUCCGUACGGCCGGCUUCCUGCCCCUCACAUGACAGCUGCCUGGCCACGCCAUGGCGGAAGCCGGGGAGAAGGAAACCAGGUCUAAUGAGGAAUCAACAGAUGAAUCUGAGUUGUUUGCUUGUUAAACCAGUGCAGAUGUUCAUGUUCUGCAAAGAGGAAGAUGAGAGUGAAGAAGAACCUAAGCUCAAGUAUGAAAGGCUUUCUAAUGGAGUGACUGAAAUUCUCCAGAAGGACGCAGCCAGCUGCAUGACAGUGCAUGAAAAGUUUUUGGCACUGGGAACACAUUAUGGCAAAGUUUAUUUACUUGAUGUCCAGGGGAACAUCACGCAGAAGUUUGAUGUUAGCCCAGUAAAGAUAAAUCAGAUCAGCCUGGAUGAAAGUGGAGAACACAUGGGUGUUUGCUCAGAAGAUGGGAAGGUUCAAGUGUUUGGAUUAUAUUCAGCAGAAGAGUUUCAUGAAACGUUUGACUGUCCUAUUAAAAUUGUUGCUGUUCAUCCUCAUUUUGUAAGAUCCCAGUUCAAGCAAUUUGUAACAGGAGGAAAGAAGUUGCUGUUAUAUGAAAGAGGCUGGAUGAAUAGAUGGAAGCCUUCGGUUUUACAUGAAGGGGAAGGAAAUAUCAGAAAUGUAAAAUGGAGAGGGCACUUAAUUGCUUGGGCUAAUAAUAUGGGCGUGAAGAUACUUGACAUGAUCUCCAAGCAAAGAAUUACUAAUGUGCCUCGAGAUGACAUAAGCCUUCGCCCAGAUAUGUAUCCCUGCAGCCUUUGCUGGAAGGAUAAUUUAACGCUGAUUAUUGGCUGGGGAAAUUCAGUAAAGAUUUGCUCAGUAAAAGAACGUCAUGCCAGUGAAAUGCGUGACCUACCGAACCGCUACGUGGAAAUAGUUUUCCAAUUUGAGACUGAAUUCUACAUCAGUGGACUUGCACCUAUCUGUGACCAGCUUGUUAUACUUUCAUAUGUGAAGGAGAUCUCCGAAAAAACGGAAGUGGAGUGUUGUGCAAGGCCUAGACUCGAUAUUGUACAACCCCUACCUGAGUCCUGUGAAGAGAUCUCUUCUGAUGCACUAACAGUACGAGGAUUUCAGGAAAAUGAAUGUCGUGAUUAUCAUUUAGAAUAUUCGGAAGGUGAAUCACUUUUUUAUAUCAUCAGCCCAAGAGAUGUGGUUGUGGCUAAAGAGCGGGACCAAGAUGAUCACAUUGACUGGCUUCUUGAAAAGAAGAAAUACGAAGAAGCUUUGAUGGCAGCUGAGAUCAGUCAGAAAACCAUAAAAAAGCACAAGAUUUUGGACAUUGGCUUAGCCUAUAUAAAUCACCUGGUGGAGAAAGGAGAGUAUGACCUUGCUGCUCGAAAGUGCCAGAAAAUCCUUGGCAAAAACACAGAACUCUGGGAAUUUGAAGUUUACAAGUUUAAAGAAAUAGGUCAGCUUAAAGCAAUUAGUCGUUACUUGCCAAGACGAGAUCCAGUUUUGAAACCUCUGAUCUACGAAAUGGUCCUGCAUGCAUUUUUGGAAAGUGACUAUGAGGGGUUUGCAACCCUAAUAAAAGAGUGGCCUGGAGAUCUGUACAACAACACAAUCAUAGUUCAAGCUGUAGUGGAUCACCUGAAGAAAGAUCCACAGAACAGGACUCUGCUAAGAACACUUGCAGAACUGUACACUUAUGAUCAGCGCUAUGGCAGAGCCCUAGAAAUCUACCUAACUCUGAGGCACAAAGAUGUCUUCCAGUUGAUCCACAAACACAAUCUCUUCAGUUCUAUCAGAGACAAAAUUGUUCUGCUCAUGGAUUUUGAUUCAGAGAAAGCGGUAGACAUGCUUUUGGAUAAUGAAGAUAAAAUUUCCAUUGACAGAGUUGUUGAAGAAUUAGAAAACAGGCCUGAGUUACAGCAUGUGUAUUUACACAAGCUUUUCAAAAGAGACCACCAUAAAGGCCAGCGAUAUCAUGAGAAACAGAUCAGCCUUUAUGCUGAAUAUGAUCGACCAAACUUACUUCCAUUUCUCAGAGACAGCACACACUGCCCACUGGAGAAGGCUCUUGAAAUCUGCCAGCAGAGGAACUUUGUAGAAGAGACAGUCUAUCUUCUGAGCAGAAUGGGUAAUAGCCGCAGUGCCUUGAAGAUGAUAAUGGAAGAACUGCAAGAUGUAGAUAAAGCUAUUGAAUUUGCCAAGGAACAAGAUGAUGGAGAACUUUGGGAAGAUCUCAUUCUAUAUUCUAUUGACAAACCACCUUUUAUUACUGGUUUGUUGAACAAUAUUGGAACUCAUGUUGAUCCUAUUCUUUUGAUCCACCGCAUUAAGGAAGGCAUGGAGAUUCCUAAUUUGAGAGACUCACUAGUAAAAAUUCUUCAAGACUACAACUUGCAGAUCUUGCUGCGGGAAGGUUGCAAAAAGAUACUCGUUGCCGAUUCCCUUUCUUUAUUGAAGAAAAUGCAUCGAACUCAGAUGAAGGGUGUUCUAGUGGAUGAGGAGAAUAUCUGUGAAUCAUGUCUGUCUCCAAUACUUCCUUCAGAUGCGUCCAAGUCCUUCAGUGUGGUAGUGUUCCACUGCAGACACAUGUUUCACAGAGAGUGCCUACCCGUAUCUAACACAGUAUCUUCUGUCCAGUUCUGCAAUAUAUGCAGUGCCAAACACCGGGGACCAGGAAGUGCAGUCCUGGAGAUGAAGAAAUAGCAAUGGCCUCGUUCUCCAUGUCAGUCAGUGACACCAAAUCUGUUAGGAUCAUGCAGAGCCACUGUAUUUUUCCAUUAGACAUCAUUUCUGUAUAUAACUUUGAUUGUGAUUUGAAAGUGGUUCCUGUAAUUUAUCCUGUUUAUUGAAUAUCUUGGGUAAUGAGAAAAUGUGAAAAUCUUUCUCUGGUAAUCUUUGUUAUGCAAUUCAUAUGUCAUGGUUCCUUUGCUCAGCUUGUUAUUUCAUUCUGGAACAAAAAAAAAAAAUAAAAUGGGAAGGAAAAACCCAUGUGAUUUAGAGAUUUGUGUUUGCUAUCAGAUAACGUGCUUUACAGUUUGGAUCCACAUCAGGCUUGGGGUUGGAUAUUGUAAAGAAAAAUGUAUUGCCAGGAAUUCAGCUCACCAGGCUACUUCAGUCCUGUUUUAGUCUGUUAGGGACCUGUUUACCUUGAGACCCAUAGGAGUCUGACUCCUUUCAGUGGAAUUGCUUCAGAACUUGAAGUUGUCUGUGUGUCAACUCAUAUCUCCAGUUAACAAAUUUGUUAACUAUGAAUUCCAUACAUUGGCAACUUCCCUUGGUUACACAUUCAUAGUUUAUUAGAAACUGGUUAAUUACUUAAUUCAUUUUCACAAUGCAGUAGUUUAAAGUGAGCUUUUCUCAUGUUCAAGACAUACAGAAACUUUAUUUUUAAAUGUCAACAGUAGGUCUUUAUGCUUAUUUUAUGUGAGUUUGAAGUGCAUGGUUUCAUUUAAGUGCAAGGGGGAAAAAAAUGUAUCUGAACUUUCAAAGGUGAGCUCUCUAGAAGUUUCUUUAUGCCUUAGCAAUUUAACAGCUAAGUUAAAUAAGUCAAUUGAAUGUUAACAAAUCCAUAUUUUUCAUUUGAACUGUGUUCUGUUUUGUCGAUCCAAAGGAAGUGAUCUAAGUGAUCUUUCAGAAUGUCUUCACAGUAAUGUAAUCUGUUUAUAAUAUAUGCUGACUAAAUUCAAUAUAAGCAUCUUUUCUUUAAGAAAAAUGAACAGAACUCCCAAGUUAUUUUUCUGCUUUUUAAUAACUUGAGUUUGAAAGUAAAAAAUAUAUUGUUUUGACAUCAAAUUGUACUGUUUAAACUAGUUAACAUACUAAAUUCUAAAACAAUGGUAUAUACUGCAGUCUGUCUGUAAAACUGGAAAAUACUGUACCUCUAAUACAAUACCUUCUUCUUAUAGUACCUUAUUCCUGUGUAAGUACACCUUAAAUUAAUUUCUGCUGUGGAAACUUGGAUUUCUAGUUUAUGUAUAUUCAUAAUACUCUUAAAUCCUCUGAGGAAUUGGUCUAGCAAUCUGAAGAAUUUUUUUUUUUUCCCCACUGUACAGAUCUGUAUAACACUGGAAUAAAAUUUUAUGUGUUUAGAAAUGCUAGGACUUACUCUGCAUGACUACAUAUGCAAAACAAUCGUAAAAAGAACAGAUCUCUCAAAAGCAUAGUAAUGUGUUAAUACAGACAGUUGAGGAAAAAAUAAAAACUGGUGCAAAUUAUUAAUGAACAUAGAGCAAGUGAAAUAACAGAAGGGUAGGUAGUUUGUAGUGCAGAGCAUAGUCUGCAUACAUCAUUUCACCUAAAAGAAUUAGUGCCUGGCUUUGCAGCUGUUCGUUUUCAGCAGCUAGUACACAUUCUCAGGUAUAUUGUUCCUUUAUCCAUUCUUCACUACACUGAUCAGGAAAGCUGCUUUGAUUCCUAGCAAAUGAAAUGUUCCAGUGAGCUCAAAGGUUGUUUCACCAUGAUGUUUGAGUUAUUGCCAUGCCAUGCCUGUAAUUUUUUUUUUUUAAACCCCCCCUUCUUCAUUAGCUUUAAGCAGCUUUUCUAUGUUAUAUGCUAAGAAUGCAAUAAGCUGUCAGCUUACAGGAGGAAAAAGUCAAAUUUCUUAGAUACAUGUAUAUGGAAAAGUGACCUGUAGAUUAGUUAUAUGAUAAUUUCAAGAAGAAUUUUUUUUACUUCAGCUUGGCCUUAAAUUCCCUAAAGCAUUUGAGCAUUCUUUGGCUCAGUUUGCUAGCCUGCCAUCAUCAGCAAUCAUACUGCAUUAUACCCUGGCAUACUCUUUGCAUUAUGCAAGUAAUUUUAAACCACUGUAUGAAAAUCUAAUCAAAAUCUUCUCUAAAUCCAAAGCUUCUUUCAUUUGGGCUUCAGGGACUACCCUUUUUAUGUUCCUGAAGUCUAAAUUAGCUCAUUAAGAUUCACCAAGAAAUGUACAGACCUGACUUUGAUACACCCUUCUUCCUAAGAAGCCUUUACAUCAUAGAAAAAAUCUGAUAUUAGAGUCUAAAAUAUUCAGCUACCCAAAAGCUUUUCUCCUGAAGAAGAAUUUUGCCUAAGAAGUAACUGUAAAGUUGCAGAGCCUAUCAGAAAAGUACAGAGUAUCACUUGAUCAGUUUCACCUGCACUUACUUCAGAUUUCAUAGUUUUUGUGCUUCUAAGGUAAACCUAAAAUAAACUUAAAAGCUGUUUUUUCUCUGUUACAUUCAGUUCUGUGUGAGUUCUUGACCAAUAAAGCUAACUGAAAGGAUUCAUGAUGGAUUAAGUAA